AGGUAUAUAAAGCACAGUUUGUGUAACUCUUUCAGUAAGGAUUCUCAUCUGUAACACUCUUUAAUACUGAAUACUUUUUUUAUUGCUGAAUUGAGUUUCCCAGAAAGAGAAGAAUCAUGUAUCUUUUGUUUCCUCUGCUGUUUCUUCAUGUUUCUGCACAGCGUUGGACUCUGUUUGAUGAAAAGUUAAAGCCCACACGGGAAGGUAGAGUGAGACUGGUGGGUGAUCUGCCUUCAUCUGGUCGUGUGGAGGUGUAUCAUGAUGGACAGUGGGGUUCAGUGUGUGAUGAUGGAUGGGAAAUGGCUGAAGCUCAGGUGGUGUGUCGUCAGCUGGGUUUUCCUGGAGCUAUAUCAGCCACGGCUGGAGGACAAUAUGGUGAAGGAUCUGGUCCGAUCUGGCUGGAUGACAUCAGCUGUAAAGGCUCGGAGAACUCAUUGUCUGAUUGCUUCUUCAAAGGUUGGGGUGUUACUGACUGCACACAUAAAGAGGAUGCAGGAGUUGUCUGUAAAACUGGUAAAAACAUGAGCAGCAAUCAUCAGUUAUCUGUGGAUAACAGUCUGGGUUUGUCUGAAGAUCUUGGUGUUCUGUUUGACAGUGGAGAUGGUUGUGAUUUCAGUAUUUACGUACGUGACCUCAGUGAAGAUGCAGAGCUGACAUAUUGUAUGCACAGUUUUAUCCUCAUGGUUUAUCCAAAAUUAAACAUAACACACGACUCCAAAAACUUCAUAGUGGAUGUCAGCCAGACUUGCCAUCCUCACGUCCCUGCUUUUCUCAGGUAUUUGUACACACGCCAGAUUGAUGUUUCCAUCACAUCGGCCCAAUGCCUCCAUCAGUUGGCUCAUAUCUUUGGAGUGAAGAAGCUUAUGGAGGAUGUCGGCAGGGUCUUCACUUUACUCAUUCCUAAAGACAACAGCUUCCAGACCCAAGUAUCAAUGUACGAGUAUGGUAUCCGCACAGGCGAUCAUGUUCUGCAGGAAAACAUCCUUCAAUACCUUUCCUGGAACUGUGAGUUCCUCGUAAGUUCUCCGGUGUGGAGCACCCUCUCCUUUCACAUGAUGGACGCUCUGCUGCUGCGCUCAGAUCUGGUUGUGAAUGAUGAAGCUUUUCUUCUUGAAGCACUGGAGGGCUGGAUCCAAGACAAAGGCGAUGCAGUUAGUACAGAACAACAGGCCAGUCUCCUAAAUCACAUCCGCUUUCUGUUGAUCCCAGUAGAUAAACUCUAUGACCUGCUGUAUACCUCGAGUAUUCUACGUAAGAAUCAUGAGAAACUGUAUCUAACUGGCAUACUCAAAGGCUUUCAGUUCAACGCUCUUCCAUUCUCUAAGAUCAGGAGGCAAAUGAACAACAUCAGCGAUGAGUAUCGACCUAGAAUCUACACAGCAGACGAGUGGACUGUAUUCAUCAAUGACACCACAGUUAAUCACCAGUACAAUCACUACUACGGCCAAAAUAACAGAAUCCAAACGCUUUCAACUCCUGUACACUCUAGUGCUAUUUUCAGAGACCAAAAGGUCCAAUGGCAAGCACAGGUUUUUCUUAGCUUUCAAGAGUGCUCUAACUAUGGGUUUACAUGCGAUUCUAUCCCUGUUGCAAGGUUCUUCUUGUAUAGCAAUAUGUACGAUUAUUCCAGAACCCUUCGCUACAACAACCGUUUGAUUCUCGGCUGUAAAAAUGUGAACAAUGUCUUUCAUGUUCAAGAUUUCAAAAAUGACAUGGCAGUGAUUCCAAACAACAGCAGUAUGGGCCUGCCGAACCCCUGUCCUGAUGACUACAAUUUUAGAUUUGUUGUGCGUCCAGAGUAUAUCUGAUGAGUAUAUCUGAUGAGUAUAUCUGAUGUUGGUUCCUGCAGGCCUUUUAGUUCACUUCUGUCCAGUCAAUUCAAUCAUAUAGUUUUCAAUUCAUGUUUAAUCUUCAUUGAUGUUGUGAUGUUGAUUUAUGAUCUUCUGAAUAAAUUUUUCAAAUUUUCAA